GGUAUUUUGGGUGUCGGGCCAGCAGAGAGCAGCAUUGGUCAGCAAAUGGACUUGAAAACGUGGUUGGACCCGAACUAAAACUCGUGAUGACGCCUUGGAACGACUCUCAAGUGUUUCCGAGUGUCGUCGUCGUCGGCACCCCAUGGAAUAGGUCACCAAGGAUGUACCACUAUCACGAAAGCCCUCCUCUAAAACCUCCUACGUGCGGAUCACGGGGGGGGGGGGGAUCACCCCCUCCCUUUAAUAGACGGGGGCUAGCUUGCGUCCCAGCAUCCUCACCGCGUAGCCAAUCAGCAAGCACGCAUCCCCGCUCUGUGCGCCGCGCUGAGUUCUGCUCUAAUUAGACCGCCGAGUGCGUGGAAAGUGGACAAGAUUCGUUCCUCUGCUUCACGUGCGUGAGGGUGACAAGCAUGAUGAAGAAAACUCCAAAUCCAGCUCUGAAGAGGUCCUUCGAGGUCGAGGAUGUGGACACUUCGGCUCACUCUUCUCCUGGCUCCCGACGCACAACCAACUCCCCCCACCGCAACGCCAUGUCCCCCACCAGCAUCUACUACCGCGACCUGGGCACCGCCGCCUCCGUCGCCGCCAACAACAACCUCAACUACACCCAGCCUCGCUCCAUCAUGGGCGGGGGAGGCUCCAAGACCCCCGAUGCCGUGUCGCGCCGCUCAGAGCUGUCCAUCGACAUCGCCUGCGCGCCCAGCAAGCAGGCGGACGCCACGAGCCCCGCAUCCGUCCGCUUUGCGACCAACAGCGCCCUGAAACGCCCCGAGGUCCUGGGCCACUCCAGGACUCCGGAAAUGAGCCACAAGAGGGAGGUCACCUUCGCCAAGACGGACUCCCCGGGGACGCGCCGCAACGAAGGCGGCGGCAACGCCAACGGGACCGGCCGCACCCCGGAACAAAGCCACGCUCGCAAGUUUGAGCCUCCGAGUCCCGGGGACAUCCGCAAACCCGAAAUCAGUAUCACGAGAGCUCCAGCGGAGAACAACGGCCACCACCCGGCGGUGCACCACCCGCACCAUCCCAAUCCCCACCACAACACGAUCGUCACCACCUUCCGAUGCUCCUCGCCGAACCACGCCGGACGUAAAUCCCCCAACCCUGACCGGUCCGAAGUCAGCCUGAGCCACGGCAACAUGUCCGACUACGCCAAGCCGCACCACCCCAACCCAGCGCACGGCAAAGGGGAGAAGGCCCACCACGCCGGCGACUUCAGCUAUGUCGGCAUUGACGCCAUCCUGGAGCAGAUGCGGAGGAAGGCCAUGAAGCAAGGCUUCGAGCUCAACAUCAUGGUCGUGGGGCAAAGCGGCCUGGGCAAGUCCACUCUGAUGAACACGCUGUUCAAAUCGAAGGUGAGCCGCAAGUCGGCCGAGGCCAACGCCGAGGACAGGAUCCCAAAGACCGUGGAGAUCAAGUCCAUCAGUCACGAUAUUGAAGAGAAAGGCGUGAGGAUGAAGCUGACGGUCAUCGACACGCCGGGCUUUGGGGAUCAGAUCAACAACGAGAACUGCUGGCAGCCCAUCAUGAAGUUCAUCAACGAUCAGUACGAAGCCUACUUGCAGGAAGAGAUCAACAUAGAGAGGAAGAAGAGGAUCCCGGACUCCAGGGUGCAUUGCUGCAUAUACUUCAUCCCGCCCACUGGCCACUGUUUGAGGCCCCUGGAUGUGGAGUUCAUGAGGCGGCUCAGCAAGGUGGUGAACAUCGUGCCCGUCAUCGCCAAGGCCGACACGCUCACGCUGGAGGAGAGGGACUACUUCAAGCAGACGAUAAGGGAAGAGUUGCGGGCCAACGACAUCGACGUCUACCCUCAGAAAGAGUUUGACGAGGACGCGGAGGACAGGGCGAUUAAUGAUAAAAUCAGGGAAAUGAUCCCUUUUGCCGUGGUGGGCAGCGAUCAGGAGUACCAGGAGAACGGCAAGAGGAUCCUGGGAAGGAGGACAAAAUGGGGGACCAUAGAGGUGGAGAACAUCGCACACUGCGAGUUUGCUUACCUGCGGGACCUCCUGAUCAGGACGCACAUGCAGAACAUCAAGGACAUCACGGGCAGCAUCCAUUACGAGACGUACCGCGUGCGGCGGCUCAACGAGUCCAACGGCCGCUCGCCCCCCCGCCCGCCCGAGCGCGGCCCCGCUCAGCUCAAGGCCGACGGCCGGGCCGAGCCGCUGUCGGGGGCUCCGGCCCCGCAGCCCAACGGCGUGGCCGCCCACCAUCAAGUUCUCGCCCACGAGGUGUAGACGAGCGCGCGUGAACGUCGACGGCUUCGUUUGUCCGAUGCACGCAGAUCUGUUUUCCCUCAUGGAACUUUGUCAGUAAAAGCAAAAAUGACCCAAAGCACAGCAAUAAGUCACUUUUUCUAUUAUGAUCUAUAUUUAGCGUCGUGUCAGUACACAGCAGGGGUGGGGGACCGACGGCCACUGAGAACCUUCCACCCAUCGUUCGUCCCUUUUCGAUCACGUUUAAUGCCGUGAGCCUAUCCCGGGCGAUCUGCUGUGAGGGGCGGCGACCAAUCGCAGGCAACCGCUCGCGUUCACACCCGAAUUUUGAGUCUUCGCUGAAGCCAACACGCACAAUGUGUUUUUAGAAGGUGAACACUACACGGAGAAACCCCACGCAAACACAAACACGGGAAAGACUUAGCCCGGAUUUCAACCCGCAACCUCCGAAAUGGGAGGGGGAUGUGCCAUGCAAUUACAAUUACAAAUAUCAGAAGAAGUGCUUAAAAACCCCACCCACAAACCACAAAUUUUCUGAAACAUAUACUAUGUUUAUAUAAAAUAUAUUAUUAUACAUUCUAUAUAUUUGAUAGAAAAUAUACAUUUGGUUAAGGGAAAAAAUAUUUGCUGAGGGGGAUUUUUUUUCUUUUUUUUUGCAGAAUUCAGAAAUGAAAAGCAGAAUAUUAUAUUUAAAUCUUAGGAGGGGAAAAAAGACACACUCAAAAUAAGUGAUAUUUGCAUUUUUUUAUUGUAAAAGUUCCACGUAUUACUAGUAACAAUAUUAAAAAUAAUUAUUUAUUUUUUUUUAAAUGAAUUUAUUCCCAUGAUAUUUUGAUCACUUUACUUUUCUAAAGUCGAAUACCACCCGAAUGAUAAAAUAUUACUUUUUCUUGGAAAUAAAAUUCCAAUCCAAACAAACUUUUCUCAUCAGAAAAAAUAAUGAAUAUUGUGUUUAAAUCUUUAGAGGGGAAAAAAAACAGAUUUUUUUUUUUUUUUUUGCUUCUGUUUUCGAACGAAAAUCGGUCCCUGAACGCUACGAACAAAACCUGGAAAGAACACAAUGUGUGCGGCGCAAGCGGCUGACGUACCCACGGCGCGUUUUUUAUUGUCAAUUCGAACGCCCCCCGAAAAAUAAAACGGAAAUGACGUAACGUGCACGGAGCGAUUUCACACAAUAAGUGAUAUCUGCAUUUUUUGGGGGGAUUGUAAAAGUUCCAGGCAUUACUAGUAAAAUACUAUUUCUACCUCCCAAAAUAAUUGAACUUGGUGUGAAAUUAUGCUUUUUUAAGUUAAAUAAAAUGCAUUUAUUCCCAUGAUAUUUUGAUCACUUUACUUUUCUAAAGUAGAAUACCAUCUGAAUGAUGAAAUAUGACUUUUUUUCUUGGAAAUAAAAUUCCAAACCAUACAACUUUUUUUUCUUCUUGGUAAAAAAAAAAAAGAAAAUCUGAAUAUUGUAUUUAAAUUUUAAGAGGAAACCCAAAGUUACUCUCACACAACAAGUGAUAACUGCAUUGUAAAAGUUCCAGCUAUUACUAGUAAUAUACUAUUUCUACCUCCCAAAAUAAUUCAACUUUGUGGAAAAUUAUGCUUUUUUUUUUUUUUUAGAAAUAAAAAAAUACUUUAUUCCCAUGACAUUUUGACCACUUGAAUGAUGAAAUAUGACUUUUUUUUUCUUGGAAAUAAAAUUCCAAACCAAACAAUUUUUUUUCUCUUGGUAAAAAUAAUAACAAUAAUAAUGUACAUACAGCCCUCAGAAAAAUACCACUUUUUUUGGUUUAUUUUUUCAGUGUGGUGGCCCUUUGUACUUUCGCAUUGCCGCCCCUCCCCCGCCGCCAUAGGUUGCCCACCCCUGACUUUGAGUCCGCAGCAUGGCAUUUCAACACCGUCAAGGUGGUCACAAACAGCUUUUUUGUGCUCUAGCUUAGCAAGCGGUCGGUUUACUUUUGUGUCGUCAUUUCGUCCCGUGCGGUUACUCGGCUGUGUCAGGAUAUUUUAGAGUAGCUUUAUUGUAUUAAAGAGGACGUGAAGACAAAUGUGACGCUUCCACACUGCAAAUUCCCAUCGGGGAACGCGACAGUGUGGAACAGCCUAUCGGAAAUUUUUUUGUCAUUAUUCCUCCCCCCCCCCCCCCCAACUGUGAUUCUUUAACAACAUAAAAAUCCUUUUUUGUCACACUGUCUUCUCUGCUAUAUAAAGCAGUCACCUCGUAUUUUAGUGUUCAUUUACCCGUGUAUUUUUAUUCAUCUUGUUGUAACGAUAUACUGUGCCAUCCUUUUUGUCCAAUUCUUUGGCCUCCAGGUCGCCAUUAAAGUCUUUUUUUUUUUUUUUUUUUGUACGAUAAAGAAUAUUUGUGUUUCGUUGAAGCCGCUCCGACUACGACGGUUGAAUUGGAGAAGCGCGUGGCGGGUCGAUAGCAAUAAAAUUUGCGUCACGAGCUGAAAGUGGCGCGUUUGAGUCGCAUGUUUUUGCUGUCAUUUACAUUUUCAUGUGUGCCGACAUACUUGCUUUAACUCCGCCUUUUUAUCAAAGGGGCAUCUUUUACAUUUCCAUAAUCGUAUGACAAUCAGAUGAUCGAGUCGCCGCACCCAAAUGAUUUCAGCGCUGCUCGAUUAUUAACCGGGGGAGUUAUUGCGUUACUCUCUGUUUACUGUUGUAUAGUUUUUUGUCAUUUUUUUGUGAUGGUAUAGUUGAGUUAAGGUUUUAUCUUUGAUAUGCUAUGCUCAAAGAAUAAA